AGGACGACAAGUGCAAUACCCAGUUCCAAUCCUGUUGAGUCAGCCACGAUCUAAUUUAGAAGAGCACCCGCACCGAAAAACUGCUGACAUCUUUUCUUUAUUAUCCUUUUUGCACGAGGAAGCCGCUGUUUUAUGUAGAGAAUCGUUCGAUCGAUUUCGGCUCACGGUUUUCAUAUCGGACAAUAUCCGAUUAUACAUCAUUUCUCUUCAUCUAUACAACUCCGUCUAGGAUUUAUUUCAGAGAUAUUUUGGAUCUGCGAAAUGUGCAUUAACGUACCGUAGCCUUUUUGCAAAAAGCACCACAAUAUUUUGAAGUUGAACAACAAACAUCUAUUGAAAUUGGUAUACAAAACGCAAACGUCCGGCCCAUCUGCUAACUAACCUAAGGAUGGGCUCCUCCUCGGCAUCUUCCUCCUCCCGGCCGACGAGGGAGCUGCGACCGCCGGCCCGAGUGAAGUUUUCUUUGUCGGCCCUGCAGCUCGUCCUGUUCAAGAACGUUUUUCAGCACCCCGCUGUUGACUGUUUGCAUCUAGAAAAAAGAAAAACGUAUUUUUACCGGCCCGCCCCCAAUUCCAACUCGGACGAGCCGAGCUGGGAUGGUGUGGGGCCUUGGCCAUAUGCAUUGCAAAAUAAGUAUCGUACUCGUAUAAAUGCAUUACAAAUUUCCUCAGCAUGAGAAAUAAAAUUUGUAAUGCGGAUUUCACUCAAGAAAAAGACUUGUAGCGCAUGACUGCAAUUACUACGAGUGCGAUGCUUUUGCAGUUCAUAGGCCGACCACUCGGGCAACUUUCGACCGCGAUCAUGCGGCUGUACCAAGCCGGUCCAGUCGGAGGGGUGGCUCCGUAGACGAGCACCAACGAGGGCGGAGCAGUAGAGGAGGAAUAAUUCCCGGUGCUGGACAUCAACCCGCGGGGCCGCUUUCCGAUGUGCUGCGCACCGCCGCAGGAGGGGGUGGUGCAACAAGUUCCGCCGCGGCGGGGGCAGCAGCAUCAACAACUUCAUCUCGCAUGGCAGCUCCAGCGGCAGGACGUGUGCUGCCGCGAAGGCCGAAGAGCAUGGGGACGUUGCGAAGUCGUCAAGACACGCCGACGAGAGGAACUACACUGAGAAACAGGGCGAUGGUUCCGGUUGCGGUAGAACGAAAUGGUGGAAAUAAUGCUGCUGCCACUGAACGAGAACGAGGUGGGACAGUAGAGCCUCAACCAGAGCGGGGCGUAGUUCCAGACACUCAACAUCAUCCGGUGGUUGUUUCCGAAAAGAAAACGAAGCAGGAGGAGGCGUCCCUGCCAGAUGCGAAGCCGGAGGCUGGAACACCGGCCGACCACGACCAUGCAGGUGCUCUUCUGCGCGAUGUCAAAUCGACCUCCACUACCACGAUCAUUGGCAGCGAGCUUUCAUCUCUCCCCUCAUCGUCUCAAGGGGACAGAUUAACGACUACAGGAGGCGAUCGCACUUCUAUUCCCUCCGGUCGCGGCGUCCCCGACCUACUUCAUCUACCGGGAGUGAAAAGCAAAGUGCACUACACAAAGCAGAAAAGGGAUGAGCAAAUAACCCAUGAUAAUUCUAGUUCCAGCCGCCCGAGCACCCCUGAUCUGCUUGCCAGCACCGACUCGACCACCGUGCCCGGGACAGCUUCAUCGUCCGCCUCGAGCCGGGCAAGUAGCACCGGUGAGGAGGACGAUGAAACAGGCAAAGGCCUUUCUCAAAUAAGUUCUCCACGGUUUGCCAAGCCGCGCUCAAAAUCCCUGCCGACCAAAUUCGGCCACCUCCUCGCCGGCGACUGGUGUUUCCGAGACUGCGGGCCGCCGGAGAACGCCGGAAACCACAUGACCACGCAUCCGUCCUGCACCGCGAAAGCAUCGCUGAAGCACAGCAACCCAGACGAAUUCGCGGGGCCCGCGGGCGAAGUUCAGUUUGCGCGCCUUGCACAAAGGUGCGCGAAGGAGUGCUUCCUGGCGCUGCCGCCCAAUGCACUGGAAGGUACGUACCGGUACGUAGAAGCGAUGUAUCAAGGCCUGCGCGAAGAAGAUUCAAAAUCCGGGCUGCAAGAACGUGAUCUCUACCGAGUAGAGAAAGCCAAUAGUGAUUUUCAGGACGCAAAGGUGUUUGCCACUGCCGUCGUCGGGCUCGCGAAAACGCAUAUCACGCGGAAGUUUGGCGAGUUAGUGGAUUACAGAAACAAAAGCAGAAGUGGUCUUACUUGCCCUGCUAGAACUGGUGGCUCUGGGCAGCUGCACGACCAGCAGGAGCACGACAAGAACACAUUACGAGGCUCUUUAGACCUUCGAGCACAAGACUUUCGUCUGCUGCAAAUCUGCACCAGCCCCGCCUUGCGCCCCAGACAGUACAUCCACUCUGCGAGGCGCACGGACUUCGUUGAGCGUCAGAUUGGCGGCGGCUCCUAUGGCGAGGUGCGGGUCGCGGGGGUGGACAAGAAGGCCAAUAAUUUAAUCCCUUCUCGCGGAGACCUGCCUCCAGCCCAUUACGGGGCAGCUGCUCCCGUCGGUGAGCUCGAUAGCCGGGCAGUGAAAUCCUGGCGCCUGUAUUCCGACCACGAUUCGGAUGUGCAAAACGUUCGCGAAAUUGCGCUCUUGCAAACCGUUUUGCCGCCCCACCCGAAUUUGGUGACGUACUUGGGUUUUCGCCUCGGGCCGGACAGCGACAGAUCAGGAGCUUCACAUGCACAUGUAUUUUGUAGAUGAACAAGGCGGACGAGGAUGCGCCCAUUUUUUCUAAUCGCUCCUGCCUUGUGAAUACCGUAGGCGUUUUACUUUCCAAUAUGAACAAGUUGAUAUUAUGUGCAGAUUUGUGAAUUUGCUCUCAACCAAUUUACAGACUCUCCUUGGCUGCGCCGACCAGGACCUGCGGAAAUGGUUGCUAACGGGUGACGAGCUGCAGUGGUGGCACCAGCAACGUGCCGACGUGCGGUGGCAGCUGGCGCUCGGUUUUGGAUCUGACUUGCUGCACGGCGUAGCGCACCUGUUCAAACACGGCACGGUGCACCGCGACCUCAAGCCGGCGAACGUCCUGGUUUGCGGGCGCGUACACAUGCGGCAAGAUACGAUUGCGAGUCUGGGACGCACGACCAACUCAACACGGCUGAUGCGCAGCGGAGGCGCGCCCCGCGCCGAACCCUCCCCGCAUCUGAAUCGACCACGGCUGCGGCUCGCUGAUUUUGGCAUGGCGCAGGUCGGGAGACAUGCGUAUGACGAGCAAGUCUAUUCGCCACAUGGCAACGAUGAAGGGGGUUCUUUCGCCUUGUCAGGCACAAGUGGCGCGGCGGCCCUGGCGGCCUCGGCCACAAGUAGCUUUCAAAGCAGAAGCAGUUCCAGUUCAACUGUUAUGACGCCGGCGUCUUCCGUGCUGACAUCCACCACGACGACACAGCAGCAAUAUCCGGAACUGUACUUGGAGCCGCAUCGGCACGGCGAGAUGCUUGUUCAAACCCCGGCGUACCGAGCGCCAGAGGUCAACAACGACUGCGCGCGCCGCUUGCCGUAUGAAAUUAUCGGCACGGGCAUCAACAAUUGCCUCACCGGCGCAGCUGCGUGCAAAACAGGAUACUCGCGAAGCAGAAGUGGCGCGGCGGCGGCAGGAACGAGUGUGCGAAUCGGCGGCACGACCGCUGCUGCUGCUUCGUCUACUGCACAAUCGAGUCGUUCUUCCAGUAUGAUUGACGACCAGAACACGAUUGCGUGGACGCACAAAAUUGACGUUUGGAGCGUCGGGUUAAUCAUGCUUGACAUUCUCAAGGCGCUCUUCCCGCCGGAGCGCGAACUUAUCCCCUCGCCGGUGUUGGGUCCGACUGAGAAUGGGAAAUCGCUGCGGGGGACCGACUAUCAAGUGCAAAAAUGUCUGGGUCUGGAAGAUUCCGAGAUUUGUCAUGCAGUUUUUCCAAGCUCCGCCAAGUCUGGAAUGCAGGGCCUAGCAUCACAGAUUCUGCAGCCCCUUGGUGUUGCCUAUUCUGCAUGAGAAAUGCCCUCUCAGCAUGGCCAGAAAUGGGGACCUUUUGCAAGUCAUGCAACGCAGAUCUCUGUAUGAUCCGCAACACGCAUCACAAGUUCGCAUCCUUUACAUUUUUGCAGUUGAUACCGACCUGUACUCCGAGCGGGUGUAUCACGAGCUGCGCCUGCCCCUGGAACUGAAAGCGAAAGCGUACCAAGUAGACCGAGCUGGUGCACCGCUUCCCGGACAGUACUCGUUCAAAGUCGGAGCAGCACAGCAGCAGAUGCAGAUGGAGAUGCGGACCCAGCAAGAACUACAAGUGCGCGAUCCUUCCAGUACUGCUUCAGACGUGGUGAUGGGGACGUCGUCUGUUUCAACCACUACCGCUGCACACCAGCAGCAGCAACAGCAAGAACGCUCGCAGCAACUCAAUGCCCUGCAUUUCCCCGAAUUUACGGUAGUGAGCCAGAUGGUCAACAGCCACGCUAGCACAAACGCCGAUCAACAUCCCCGAGCUGCAAGAGGACCUCUCGUUCCGCCAUCGCACAGGAGGACGCAGCCGAUCUCCUCUCUGCAGACUUUCUCCUCGCAGGUUGAGGAGCAGCGCAAAGCGGAUGCGGAGCGGAAAAAGCGGGCCAUUGAGCAACACGAAUUCGCCACCCAGCUGGAUAACGCCGCCGCGGAAAUGAUGGCGGGACUUCAUAGUUACAAGCAGCUUUAUUUCAAAGACGUGGUCCAGCGAGUGCAAACCAGCUUGCAAAAUCUCCCCGGCCUGCGGACUCCCGAGCACGUCCAACUGCAAGCUGAACUGAAGCGGAUGAUCGUAGCGCUGCGAAAGAUGCUAAACCCCAUCCCGGAGGAGCGUGGCCACGUGCUCGAGGUACUGCAGGACUGGACGGAAAUAGGGGCGACCAAGAAGACGAGCAGUGGUAGUUCCCCAUCCAGCAGUGUAGUUUCGGGGCAAGAACAAGUCCACGUCGAGGGUGCAAGCACAAUCCCUCCUGAUUCGGGACGAGCAGCGGCGACCACCACUGGGUCGUCUUCUAAUAGCGCCGUUGUGGACCAGUACCGCCCUGACCCCAGCUUCCGUCCGACGUUUCCGCGAAUGUUUCAGUACUUGCAGGACGACAUGAAGGAGUUUCUCCCGCCUCUUUCCACGUUUGUCAUUUUGCAGUUGUACGCCGACCAGGUGCGGGAAUCAGUUCGCGUCACUGACGAGAAAAACGCGGCUCUGAACAGCCAGCGGGGUAACUCUAGAGCGUUGGAGCGGGAAUCUGGGAUAAGAGACUGGAGGUUGAUUAUGAUUGACAAACCACCGUGGUACCCAGGGUGCAGGGCGGGUGAAGAUGAGGAUGAUGUUACUGCUCGUUCCGCUGCUGAUCAUCCCCACGUCGGACCAGGACCUGUUGUGAAUUGUGACGUCGUUGCCGCGAAUAAAGCAAGUUUUUCCUCUUCCGAUUCGUCUGGAAGGUCCUCUUCACGGUUGCCACGUGUAGUCGACGGAUCUGUUACAGGGUUAUCUUCAACAUCCUCAACAUCCGCGAUCCUCCGCGGCCGGGCUUAUGGGAGACGAGAACAAGAACCCAGCAGUCGAGGAGAGGAUGACGACAGAUCAGCCAUGAUGUCCGUGUCUGCAGCGAGUGCCACAGUCGAAAACGACACAGAACAGCUCCAGCAGGUUCAGCAGCAGCCCCGUGGCUGGGUCAGGAGAGGAGGAAGCAGCACAACCACGGCAGCCGCAGCUCCUGAUGGAAAAACAGCCACGACUGGAAGUGGACAUGAAGCGGAUCGUGCGGGGCCAGCUUCGUCGAGAAUAGCAGCAACAAAUACGCGCGCUCUUCGCGGCUGGGGUCCCGUCGCCCCAGCCGUCCCGCCAACCUCUCAACCUCGUCCAGCAGCUGUUGAGCAAGAGCGACACCACGGUGGGUUGGUAGUUGGAUCCACAUGUUGUCCACCAGCGGCUUCUACCGCCGUUAAUACCGCAACGACCUGUACUACAGCUGCAGCCCCCGCCCGCAAUCUUCGACUACAGUUCCAGGAUCCGCCGGAGCGACAGUGCUUUCUGAGGAACUGCGGUGCCGCCAUCUGGAAUCUGAUCUUUCCUAACAGAACAGGAGGCAACGUCGGCACAAGAACACCUGGUGGUAGUACUAGAGGUGGCGCCGGUGGUGCACCAGCAGGAGCACGACAACAAGGCACGAAUCUUGUUCCAAGUCAGCAUGCUGUAACUGGGACGAACAACGCAACUACGAACUUCAUUCCGCAAGUGUUCGGCCACCCGUUGCCACCACCGCGCGAUCGGACUCCACCACUGCAGCAGCCGGCGUUUACCCGGCUGUAAGCAGAAGGGAAGUUGUGCUUGUGUUGCCAGAGCUUGCAGUCCACUUCGAACGAAGAGCAAAUGCGAUGUGUUUCUGUGAUUGUGAUGUAGAAGAUCGUGGAUCAGUACAGUGCUAUUAGCCACCUCAUGUAUUAAUUAUGUUAUUUUUCGAAUCAAUUAUGUCGAAUUUUUCGUGGCGACGCAGGCAGAGCUCGUCCGAAUGAUAGAUGUAGAGGUAGAUUAUGAUCUCGUCAUUUUGGAAAAAAAUAGGCCUGUAUGUACAAAAACUUUGCAAAAAUCAUUUUCUUGAGCAUACAAACUCGCGCUCAACUGGUAUUCCAGUAUUGAUGUUGGCUGCUCACAUGGUUAUGCCGAUUAGGUGUCUCUGGCUCUACUCUUACUCUUUAUCAUGAGAACAUAGAAAACAAAAACUGAAUGUUAAACUAGCAGACAACUGGUGUCUUCCGACGCUUCUUCUUCUCGAUGAGCUACGAGUGAAGGUCUCGUGCAUGCAAAUGAUUUUCUUGUGUACAACGCUUCUGUGAACAAUGAAAAAUAAUGGCUGCGUCUCUUUUGAUGAUUGUACUAUAACUCUGAAGAAAUGCACGCAACAGUUUUAUUUUUUUCCUGGGUGCCGCAGCCGCUAU